CCGAAGAAGAAGCUCGUCACAUCCGUUGCCUGCAGAUUCGAGAUCCCCGGCGCGAAAAAGUAUCACUUAUUUUGAUGAUACAACAGUAAAGUAAAUUCCAGUAGUAAAUGGGGGACAAUGGAGAAAUAAUCAUCCUGAGUGAUGAUGAUGAUGACCAUGACGUAUCAUGCAGUGAUGCUUCAGUUCUCAUUGUGGAGAUGGAGGACGUGAAGAAGAAGAGUGAUGUUGUGUUAUCCCAAAGUUCUCUAGAUGAAGACCUGGUCGUUACCUUCUCCCGUCGUGCUGAGGUGCUACCUCACGCACGCUAUGACUGUUCCAUACAUCCUUUUACGGCAACAGAGUGUGAGGUUGGUUCUCCUGUGGCCAGUAACCAGCUCAUUUGUGAUCAGUGCUUCUGCUACAUCUGUGAUAAGCUGGCGUCAGCGUGUCUAAUGUGGAGUCACAGUGGUGUGUGUCACUGUAACAGCCACAAGAGGAGUGAUUUCUGGAACAAUCAGAGAAGCAGCUCACUGCUGGGAGGACUGAAGAGUUUUAACCUCACUCUCUCUGAAAUAGAUGCCCAUCUCCGACAUGCAGAGGUGAUGCUGCAGAGCUUCAGACAAGAGCUUAAUGCAAAGUUCUCAACCUUCCUGAAAGGAAACGCGUUACCAGAAUAUGGUCUGAACCUACCAAACCAGCAAUGCCUCAUCUUUGAUUACACAAAUGUUUACGAGUUUGUGUCAUCGUUUCUGAACAAAGCCGACAACCAGGACGGCAGAGCGGCCGCCAUCAUGAGACUGGGAGCUGCUGAAGACUUUAUCAGACAUUUUCAGCGCACAGGAGGUAUCAACAUACAGUCUGCCAUGGCCAAUGCUAAUGAGGCUAAACGGGCUUUACUACAAAGGGUUGUAGCAUCACUGCAGAGACAGAUGGUGAUGGCGGAUUUCACUUCAGAGUUCAUCCACAAACUGCAAGACUUUUACAAGAGAUUAUGUUUCCCAGCUGAGCUGAGGAGCUUGAAGAACUGCAUGUGUGUUCGUCCCUGGGAUGAUGUCCUGCUGGUGUCUGUGCUGAAGGGACAGAACGUGUCGGGCGUCCGUAAAGACAAAGGCAAGAAGGAUGUCCUGAUUGAACAGGUGUCCAUAAUUCGACUGAGGACAGAGCUACUGCAGCGACAGCACAGGUACAGAGAGUUGUGUCGCUACCUACGAGUCGUCCAGACUGAUGAUUCCAAGCUCUUCCAGCCCGUUCGAGACCUCAUCCCUUUCUUCACAUGCAUGGACGGAAACUUUACAUUGGCUUGCAGCAGUUUGUUCCCUUUAGUCAAUGCCCCGGCCUCCCGUUUCUCUCCACUCAUCUUCCAUUUUUAUCUGCGUGUCUUUGAAACGGCGACAGCACCGAAGUUGAUUGUCAUUCAGCCAGUAGAGCUCUUCUGUUCUAAUGCAACAUGGGAGCCAAUUAAAGAUGUUGUUCCGCUGAAUCGUGCUGAGCUGGUGAGGUUUGCACUCAGGGUUCAGACUUGUUGCCCUCCAAUCUUCACUGAUUCUCUGUGUUGGACCAGUUUACUCAGAAUUGUCAACGCACCUGGUGGUCCAGCUUUAUUGACCGCUCUACCAGCUCCACCCCCACAGUUUCUAAUGGAUGCAAAAGAUGUUACAAAUUCAAUACUGCACAGCACACACAUACAGAUCCCUCGGCUCUUCCAGGAGGUGUACCCAGAACAGGCCUUGUUACUGUUGGUAACGAGGGCUUUAGCUUUGAGAAUCAUCCACGCUCCUCUGACUCCAGCUCUACCUGUGUUAGGCACUUUUAAGGAGAACGUGUGGGCUCUGUGGUGGCUGUGGGACAGCUUGUCCUUCAACAAAGAGAGACUCAAUGCCUUCUUAGAGGAUGUUACACAGGAGAUGGAGAACACUGCAGAUGGGGAUAAUUCAUUAGUGUCCCUUCACGCUGUCAUGCCCACUCUGUCUUCUUCAACAGAGAACUGGGAUCACACCUACUGCAGUCCAGCAGCUGUUAAUCUCUAUGCGCCCCAACUCAACGGCCACUCGCAAUGUCAACUCUCAUCCUGAUUGGACUGUGACGUGAAGCGCGGCGUCGCCUCUUCAUCACAGGCUGGGUUAUGGAGAGUCAUCGGUGUCGCAUAGAUGUCAGAAUAAACCUGCACAGACAGUGGUGUCAGAGUGACGGAGGGUUAACAGCCCCACUGUCAUUCAGUAUGUAUGUCACCAGCACAGAGACGCUGCUAUGUUUACUUUAUUAUUUUACGGCUUGACCUGAGUUUCGUUUCUGUACUGUGGGAUUUUUUUUUUUUUGUGGGUUUUUUCAGCUCAGCUCUGUUAAUUCAUCCCUGCAUAUAUUUAAUACUUGGUUAAGACAAUUAUGUGAAAAUAGAAUAAAUUGUGAAAGAAAAUGCUGACAGCUUUAUGAGCCACUUUGAGUAAGUAAAUCAUUUUCUUUGUUGUUCCUGAAUUAUUGCUUCAUGUAGAAUUCCAGUGUAAAAUACGAUGAUAUGUUUUCGAUGCAGUAUCUGCUCUAAUAUUUAGUUCCAUAUUUGGAAGGAAUGCUGCUGCAGUUUAAACCUGUUGUUUGUGAAAGUGGUCGACGUGAGAUGGGUCUGACUGCAGAGAGCAAAAGCUCCGCCCCGUUUAUAGUGCCGCCCAUUUGUAGUCCCACGCCCUCUCUUGUAGUUUGUAUAACUGUGACCUGAAAAUAUUUUCUUCCUGGUCACGCAACUCGUCAUGCAGCAGUCUGAAUCAGAACGUGGUUUUGGCAGAAUUUCUGUAAGAAUUUAUUUAGUCUCAUAAAUAAGUUUACACUCAUCAGUCCAAUGCCCAGGCCAAGUGGCACGAUAUCUCGUCACAUCUUUCCCUGAAUUUGUUCAACUUUGGUGAAGAACCACGCUCAUGCGCUGGCCAAUCAGCAUAGAGAUUCUCUGGAUAGCGUCACGUUCUUGCCAGACUCCGCUCAUUAUCACCUAUCAUUUUUGAGUGCAUAUAGAAGCAUGUGUCGUAGAGCUCCACCUCUGCCGUCUUGUGAGGUUUCUCAACACUCUACGGAGCUCCCGAAGUAAACGGUGAAACUCGC